AUGAGCUUCAAAUAUCUUCAGUUGUUAUUAGUACUGACACUAUCAAUAAACAGUCAGAUCGCAGACCCACCAAUUGUCUCGUUGUUCAGUUCCAAUGAAGCGGAUUCAGUUGCGACAGAUGAACCAUCACAAGGAUUGGUUUCCGACUUUUUCCAAUGGCUUUUCUCGUUGUUCAGUUCCAAUGAAGCGGAUUCAGGCAACUCCGGUAGUCAUCCGUGA